UUAGAAAUGUAUCUUAGAAAUUUUCCUAAGUAAAAGAAAUAUUUUUCAUUGUUAUAUCAUGAAAAAUGAAAAUUACGAAUCAUUUAGCAGUUCGAGUAUUUCAACUGAUUCAUUAGAAAUAUCAACAAAGUCAAUUAUUAGUAGGAUACCCCGGGUAGUGGAUAAUUCAAAAUCGAAAUUUAUUCGAGAAUAUUCAAGUGAACAAAAUCUUAACGAAAUGAAAAAAAAUUCAAGUAAAACUCAACAACAAUCGACAAAUAUAAAAACACCAACCCCACGUCAACGAAUUCCAAUUCGAAAACGUUCUUGUACACGUUUAGCAACACGAUCAUCGAAUUGUGAGAACGUCAAUACAAAUACAAAAGUGGAUCAGGAAACAAACACUGCAAUCCCAGUUUAUCCUGAAAUAAUUGUUAAACAUUGUCAUAAUAAUAAGGUAAUUGAAAAAGUGAUUCCUGCGAUUGAUGGUCCACGAAUUACAAAACCUAAAACAUAUUUAGAAAUUGUACAACAUGGUGACAAAAAUGGUAAACUUAAUAUAUUACCGAUUGGCAGAAAUAAAAAAUCAUAUUUGGAAAUAUUCCAAUCGCGGAAUGGUAGUAUAAGAACAGCGACUGCAAACGGAACUCGUUCGCGAGUAGGUGACACUCCAAGAGAUUAUGGUGAUAUUUGCUUGAAAAAGCAUACUGACAAUGACAGCUUAUAUUCUAAAGGCUGUCCUGAAAAAGAAUCACAAAUUCGACAUCCUUCACAAGCUUCAACAAUAUAUACUGGAUCGACUGUAUCAGCGAAUUCGUCAGAUUCCCUUUCAAGAACGUCAUCGUUACUGCACACUUCGUCUGGCUUAACGAGCAUAUCAGAGCAAGUGUUACUGGUGAAAGAAGGGAUACCGCGAACAACUAAAACAUUAACGCAAGCAAAUAAUAAAAAGAAUGGUUUAAAGAUCAUAAAAAGUGAAAGCGAUUCGACAAAAGAAAAGUUAGAAAAAUUUAUUCGUCAACGAGAAUAUGGUCAAACUGUAAGUAAUCGAAAUCGAAUUAAAAUUAUACAAAACAAUAUAAAAAAUUUUGAAUGUAAGCCAGUAGCUAAAGAAUUAACACCGUCUAAAAGUUGUACAAUUAAACGCGACGAAUUCUCACCAAAAACUUUACAACAAAAAAAAAUAAUUGUUAAUAAAAAGCCUGAUAAUAUAAAAAUGGUUGAUAUGUCAAUCGGAACGGAUGAUUUAGAACAUACUUUUAAAAUUGAACAAAAUCCUAAAAAACCAAAUUUGGAUCGAAAAAAGAGUAAGAAUAUUCCGGUAAAUGUUGUACACCGACGUGGUACAUUAAAAACUUUACAAACUAGACAUUUAAAAGAAUUAGAAAUUGUAGAAAAGUUACGAAAUACAACUUUGUAA